AUGAGUGGAAGGAUUUUGAAUACCACUUUUGAACACCCCGUGAUAACCGAUGAAUCUAUCACCCCGACCACCAAUCUCGACGAAGAUCUCGGCGUUGGACAACUGCUGGACCUCGAUGAUUGUGACAAACGCUUACUUCACCAGUUAUCGUUAGGUCAGUUGAAAACGCGUGACUUGGAAAUUCUCACCGACAGUCCCGCCAAGGCAGUUGAACUUCGACGUAUCGAUCUGUGUCGAUUGCUGUCCAACCCACACGUCAUCGAUCGCCUCCCUUUUCGCGGCUAUGACUAUCGCUUCGUUUGUGGCCAGUGCUGCGAGGAGGUCAUUGGUUACGUUCCGAUACCGGUAGGAAAAGUUGGCCCGUUGUUGUUAGAUGGCCGAUCGCACUACUUGCCGUUGGCCACAACGGAAGGCUGCUUGGUGGCUAGCACAAACCGUGGUUGCCGUGCCCUGUUCUUAGCUGGCGGAGUGAAAAGCGCUGUUUUUCGCGAUCAAAUGACAAGGGCUCCGGUCGUUUGGUUUCCUUCCGUCUUACAAUUGGUCGAAUGUAUCGUUUGGCUUGAAUCCAAUGAAGGGUUCCAACAGCUGAAAGCCGUUUUCGACCGAACCAGCUCCCACAUCAAUCUUAUUUCCAUCUUUCCUAAUCCAAGUGGCCACUACCUCCAUAUUCGCUUCGCCGCUCGUACGGGCGACGCUAUGGGCAUGAACAUGGUGAGCAAGGCAACGAACGUGGCCCUUCACGAACUUCGACGACAUUUCCCGGCCAUGCAGGUAAUUUCGCUCAGUGGCAAUAUGUGUACGGACAAAAAACCUGCCUCCAUCAACACCAUUCUCGGACGCGGAAAGUCAGUCAUCGCUGAGGCGAAUUUGCCUGCGGCAGUGAUUGCUCAAGUACUCCACACCACCGCCACGCGGCUGGCAAAGCUUGCACAUGCUAAGAAUUGGACAGGAUCUGCAAUGGCUGGUUGCCCAGGCAUGAUGGGCUCGAAUGCCCACGCGGCUAACAUUGUCGCGGGUAUUUUUGCGGCCACAGGUCAGGAUCUUGCCCAGGUUGUUGAUGCCUCCGCUUGCCUCACACAGUUCGAGGUUGGUCAAGACGAUUCGCUUGUCGCGAGCGUAACCAUGCCUUGCUUGGAGGUUGGCACUGUCGGCGGAGGGACAAGGUUACCUGCUCAAAGAGCUUGUCUCGAUCUGAUGAGCCUGAACGUGGACCGCCCGACAGAGCAUUUGGCACGAUUGAUCGCUGGUGCUGUGUUGGCCGGUGAGCUCAGCCUGAUGGCAGCUCUCGACACGGACGACCUAGUUUCGGCUCACUUGCGUCUGAACCGCGCGCCUCCGUUGGGGGCGGUGGGUGCUUGCCUCGAUCCGCCCAAACCGCCUGGUGAUGCGUCACUCCCACGGGAUAUCACCCACGCGACCAUUGUAAAAUCAGACGCAUCCGGUCGACUAGAUCCACCCCAUCCCAUCAUGUGAUAUAUUUUCCCCUCUUUCUCCUUCCCCCCUUCCGUUAUCGUGCCAUAUGUACAAAUAUAGUCAUCAGACAGA